CUUCUACAACUGGAACGUCUUCUUCAGCCCAUUCACGUGACUCAUUUUCUGCCCACACCAGAGCAGCUUGCACAAUUUGGUCCUGGUGGCGUUGCCAUUGUUGAUCAAUUGAUCUGUUCGUAUGCCAGGUAA